AUGCCACCCCAACCCUCCCGUCCCAUCUCCGCCACCUGGCCGAGCGAACACCUCACCCUCGGCGCCGGCGUAGCCAUCUUCCACCUCGCGACCUCGCGCGUCGUACUAUGCUACCACACACGCGACGAAUACUGGUUCCUGCCGAAAGGGCGCAAGAACGCCGACGAGGACCUGGCGCGGGCGGCGGAAAGAGAGGGGUUCGAGGAGAGCGGGUUUAGGAAUCGGUUGUUGCCGUUGCCGGUGAGACAUCGGCAGCCGGUGGAGGAUGGGGAUGGGGGUGGGGAGUUUGUGAGGGAGAGUGUGUGGGUGCAGGCGGAGCCGGUUAGUAGGCGGAGUCAGUAUUUGUUGUUUUGGUAUGUGGCGGAGACCGUGCCGCCGGAGGUGGAGAGGGGGUAUCGGGGUGGUGGUGCUGGGGGAUAUAGGCCUCCAGAGCCUUUUCCGAGGGAGGGGACGUUGAAGGGGAGGAUCGAGGAGGAUGUUGUUGUUGGACGUGGUGGGGAGAAGGUGAUAUAUGAGCCUGUCAGGCAUGAGGGGACGGGUGUGGAUGAGGAAGAGGCGCUGUAUACGUCGAGGCUGAUGUCGGUUGAGGAGGCUUGUGGGAGGCUGAGGGGUAGUAUCAUGGAGGAUGUGGUGAGGAGGGGAUGGGAUGGGAUUCAGGAAAGGCUGAGGAUUGAGGCUGCGAGGGCUCGUCUGGAGUGA